UUAAAAUCUCUGAUGCGAUCACCACUAUCAUUGAAUUACGCAGAUAUUUAGCCGUAAAAAAAUAAACGAUGUGUAUAGCAGAUAGUACCGUAUCUAAAAUUACCAAGAAGCUAUAAAAAUGUCUGUAAUUGAAGGUUUAUCUCAUAUAGUGUUAACCACUUCUUCAGUAGAAAAAUAUGAGAGCACUGUUCAAUUUUAUAGUCUUUUUGGUUAUCAACCAAUUUCACAAGUGGGUUCACGAGUCCUGUCGAAUGAAGUGUCUCAGUUUUUACCACGAGAAGAAAAAGUGUUACAUUUAUUUGGUAAACCUCCUACUCAAGAUAUCACGAUAAGAAUUGUGUUAACAACAAACGCGAAUGAAAAAGAGCCUUUACCAGAAGAAAAGGACUGGAGACUAGAGCAAUCUUCAUUAGUUUCUGCGACAAAAAAUAUUGUGGAUGUUGAAUCAAUUUUAGAAUCCAUCAAUCUUAAAUAUCAAAAAUAUACUUAUCCUAAUGAGUCUGAUUCAUUAGUAGCGCCACUUUCAGCAGAUUUAGUUCAUACUGAAAUUUAUACUCAUGAUCCACUUAACAAUUUGAUCACUUUUACCAAUAAACCAAUUCCAAUUAGUAAAUCAAUUUAUCCAAUCAAACCAAUAUCCCCUAUUAAACAACAGGAUAUUUCUAGUAGUAAUAUAUCAACAGAACCGAAAACUAAAAAAAAAAGAAUUGGUAUGUUGACUAGUGGAGGUGAUUCACCGGGUAUGAAUGCUGCAGUAAGAGCAGUAGUAAGGGUAGCAAUUUCGCGUGGUUGUGAUGUUUAUGCUAUUUAUGAAGGUUAUGAAGGUCUGGUAAAUGGUGGCGAUAUGAUUAAAAAAUUUGGUUGGGCUGAUGUUAGAGGUUACCUUGCUAUUGGUGGUACACUUAUUGGUUCUGCGCGUUGUAAAGCUUUUCGUGAACGUGAAGGCAGAUUAAAUUCUGCAUAUAACAUGGUUAAAAAUGGAAUUGAUGCUUUAAUUGUCUGUGGAGGAGAUGGUUCUCUAACUGGAGCGGAUGUUUUGAGGUCAGAGUGGCCUGGAUUAUUAGAUGAAUUAAUAAAAGAAGGAAGGAUAACAGCUGAAGAAGCGGCACCACACAAACAUCUCACAGUUGUUGGUCUUGUGGGAUCCAUUGAUAACGAUAUGUCAUCAACAGAUAUUACUAUUGGUGCUGUAAGUUCAUUGCACAGAAUUUGUGAGGCUGUCGAUAGUAUAUCAGCCACAGCUUUAAGUCACUCUCGUGCUUUCGUUAUUGAAGUUAUGGGAAGAAAUUGUGGUUGGCUUGCAUUGAUGGCAGCAGUUAGUACUGGUGCUGAUUUUGUUUUUAUACCUGAACGACCUCCAGCUUCUGACGAUUGGGAGAGUGAAAUGUGUGAAAUUCUAAAUAAACAUCGUAAACUUGGUAAACGUAAAACAAUUGUUAUUGUAGCUGAGGGUGCUAUUGAUAAAAAUCUCAAACCAAUAAAAGCUGAUUACAUUAAGGAACUUUUGAGCAAUCGUAUGAAACUUGAUACAAGGGUCACUACACUGGGUCAUACACAGCGUGGAGGUAAACCAUGUUCUUUUGAUAGAAACCUGGCGACGCUUCAAGGUGUUGAAGCUGUACAUGCUGUUUUAAGAGCAACAUCAGAUACACCAUCACCUAUGAUCGGAGUUCGACAAAACAAAAUUACAUGUGAACCAUUAAUGAAAGCCGUUGGAUUGACACGUCAAGUUGCUGAGGCUAUUUCAAGAAAGGAUUUUAGGCGCGCAAUGGAAUUGCGUGAUCCUGAAUUUUCUGAGGAUUAUGCAGCCUAUAUAGAAACGACAAUUGUGAAUGAUGAAACUCUUUCGAAAAAUAAAUGUCUUCGAAUAGGGAUUCUCCAUAUUGGCGCACCAGCUGGUGGUAUGAAUCCAGCUACAAGAGCAGUAGUUCGUUACUCACUUAAUCAUGGUCACACGCCAGUUGCUGUAUACAAUGGCUUCGAUGGUCUUUUGCAAGAUAAUUUGCGCGAACUUUCAUGGCUUGAUGUCGAUGGAUGGGCCGCUAAAGGAGGUUCUGAAUUGGGUACACAUAAAAUAAUUGUAUCUGAUCUUGAUAUAGGAAUGAUCGCAUAUCAAUUGCAAAAGCAUAGAAUAAAUUCUUUACUUUUAAUUGGUGGAUUUGAAGCAUAUUCUUCACUCGUUGAAUUAAAUAAUUAUAGAAAUCAGUAUCCGGCAUUUUGCAUACCUAUGGUGUGUUUGCCUGCUACUAUUUCAAAUAAUGUACCCGGAACAGAUUUCUCUUUAGGAAGCGAUACUAGUUUAAAUGCUAUUGUUGAAAGUUGUGAUGCAAUUAAACAAUCUGCAUCUGCAUCAAGAAGACGUGUGUUUGUCGUUGAAGUUCAAGGUGGUCAAAGUGGCUAUUUAGCGGUUUUGGCUGGACUUGCAGUUGGUGCUACAAACGUAUAUACCCCUGAAGAAGGCGUUUCUCUCAAGAAACUUCAGUUAGACAUUAACCAUUUAAUUCGUAGAUAUGGAGAAGACAAGCAAGGAACAAGUUCGGGAAGAUUAGUUCUAAGGAAUGAAUGCGCUUCUGAAACAUACACAACUGAUGUUAUUGCAAACAUUUUUAAAUCGGAGGGCCGUGGACUUUUUGAUUCAAGAACCAGUGUAUUGGGUCAUAUUCAACAAGGUGGUGCACCAUCUCCAACUGAUCGUAUACGUGCUACUAGACUUGCUGUAAGAUGUGUAAAAUUUUUGGAACAAUAUACAUCACAUCCUUCAUCAUCAGAAAAAGUAGUAUUUCCGAGCAUAUACACAAAUACAAAAGAUUCCGCUGCCGUUAUUGGAAUUGAUGGUGCGCAAGUUAUAUUCACGCCGGUUGCUGACUUAUUAUCAGAGACAGAUAUGAAGUAUCGUAAGGGUAAAAAAGCUUGGUGGAUUAAUAUAAAAGAAUUGGUAGAAAUAUUGUCAAAAUGGGGUAAAUUUAUACUUUCUUUUUUGUUAAUUUAAUGGUUGAAGUUAAACUAAAUUAUUUCUUUUCAUAGGAUAUUACGAAAUAGAACCGGAAUUAAAUCAAGAAUUUUAUGAGACCCUCGAUAAUGCUUUGCAUAGGAGACUAUAAUUUCAGAAUCAAUGGAACUUAUUAUUAUUUAGUGCAGGUUAGGAUAGAAAAGAAGUAACUUCAUUAAUAGACCCAGAUAAAUUGUAUUUAAAUUAUAAAUUAGAUGAUAAAUAAUUAUAAGUAUUUAUUAUAUUAUAAAAUAUUAUCUACCAAUUUAUCAAUUUGAUUAAUUGGAAAACUUAUUCAUUAUUAAACCGAGUUAAAAUGUGUCCAUUAUUAUUAGUA